CGCCAGGCCUUUAAUGCAUGUGGAUAUCUGGCAGCUUAGGUCUUCAGCAGACAGAAGAAGGGCGCGGCAACUACUAGUAACUGAUGACGUGGCUUUAACACGCCACGUUACAUAGACAUGUGGUAGGCGUGUGGGCACCUGUGACACUAAACGUUGCCGUCAUCAAAGUGGCAUAUCAUCCAUGUGACGACUUUUCUCGACCAACAUACCUCUACAGACGAGUAAUCGCAAACCGGUUGAUCGCAACAGAGACCAGCGAAUGAAAGAACAUGGAAAGUAACAACACAAAAAGCACCAGAUCGUGGGUAGGUGUGUUGUUCCUGCUACUGUCCGCCACCUUUGACAGCCUGUCCAAUGAGUUUGUCACCCUCGCCAGCAACGAGGGAAUACCGGGGCUUCAGAUGUUGUUUCUCAACAGACUGUCACUCCUGAUUCUGGUGAUCAUCGCUUGGCCGGUCUUCCGACCGAAACUGUCGGCACUAAGCUGCAAACAGCUCGCGGUAUUCAUUCUCAUCACAGCUGCGCAUAAUCUGGAGCUAGGACUUGUAUUCCUUUCCCUCACCUACACGGUCCCUGGGAUAACCCACACCAUACGCCAGGGAACUGAGACGAUUCUUACGGUCAUCAUCAGCUUUUUUCUUCUCGGAGAAGUUCUCGGACUGUUGGACUUCUUCGGGAUCUUCCUGAACUUCGUCGGCGUCGUCGCCAUCGGAUUCAAUCUCAUGUUCGGGACUGGAAAACGGAUCAGCGUGAACGUUUUGACGUUCGCUCUUCCGCUGUUGGCGGCCGCCGUAGGGUCACCCUUAAACGUGUUCGACAAGUUUCUCCUUGACCGCCAAGAUGUUCACAUUCUGAUCCUUUUACUCGGUAUCUCGUCGACGGGAACUCUUUACCUGUCCGCGCUGGCGCACACUUUAGAAACACCCGUGUGGAAAAUGUCGUGGCAAACUGCAGCUUAUCUCGUAGGCCUGAAUGUCUCGUACGUGUUUUCGUUAGUGUUGUGGUACUGCGGCAUGUACUUAGAAAAUGUAGGCGUGGCCACUGCUAUCAGAGUGAUGACCGUGCCCAUCACCAUUGUUCUUGACUACUUCGUCCUAUCUAAGACUCCCGGUGCACUGAAACUUGCGGGCGGAGCUCUGGUUUUUGCAGGCUCGAUGACAGUAAGUGUGGUCACCGUUUGGAGAAACUGGAAAGCUGAAAAGAGGGACAGACUUUUGCAAGAACUCAACUUUGACGUCCCCACAAAAGACAGAUAAAUGUCUAAGUUACAUCUAACUGUAAACACUACUAGUGUGUUGAUGUGAAUGGUACGGAUGUAAGAGUUUUAGUCAUCACUACGUACGACUUAGGUAGUUUCAAGUUUAUGUUUACGUGAAUUUAUAAUAAAAUGCCACCAACAUCACACUGCCACAUACGUGAGAGGUCAGAUGGGCUAGGGUUAGCGUUAGGGUUGGUAUUAGAGUAAGGCUGGGGUUAGAGUUGGGAUGAUUGUUCAGGACUAGGGUAAGACUUCCGAUUAGGGUUAGGUUAGGUUUAGUCUCCUGAC